CGCGAUACUACAACUUCCCGUUAGCCCGCGCGCUCACAGCCAUCCGAUGGAGGAUGAGGUAGCCAUGUUGUAGCUGUGACGAGAGCUUGUUGGUGGAAAGAAAGCAGAAAGACUCUCCUUCUUCUGUCUGCACGCGACACGCGGCUCCAUCGUGUUCCCUGCGCGCGGACCGCCGGUUGGCAGCGGACACCAUGAGCGGCGGGACGCCGUACCUCGGCAGCAAGAUCAGCCUGAUCUCGAAGGCCGAGAUCCGCUAUGAAGGGAUCCUGUACACCAUCGACACCGAGAACUCGACUGUCGCACUGGCUAAAGUGCGUUCCUUCGGCACGGAGGACCGGCCCACCGACCGGCCCAUUCCCCCCCGAGAUGACACGUUUGAGUACAUCAUCUUCAGAGGCAGCGACAUCAAGGACCUGACUGUGUGUGAGCCGCCCAAACCAACAUGCUCGCUGCCUCAGGACCCAGCCAUCGUCCAGUCGUCGAUGAGCUCCAGCUCUUCAUCUUCUGCUGCGGCGGCUCCGACUCCGUUCCAGACCGCCGGGUCCUACGGCCUCUUCAACCGGGCUCCGGCGCCGGCCUACAACCAGUUCAGCUCCAGCCCGCUGGUGUCCCCCCAGUUUGGACCCGUUGGUGUCGGGCGCAGCAGCCCGGGCCUGGACCCUCUGAGGAAGAGCCCGGCCCUGGAGCAGGUGAUCCAGACUUCCCCGUCUGCCCCGGCAGCCGCCCCCACUGGCCCGGCCCCCGGGCUGGGACGCAGAAGCCCCGCCCACGGCCGCACAGCCCCCCCCACCUCCUCCGCCGCGCACAGCGUCCAGAAGGUCCAGCAGCACCUGGACGGCGUGGACACACGGAGGGGGGAGCCCGUCAGAGGGGGACGCGGAACCCACAGCUGGUCUGCCCCCCGAACCAUCUCGGCCUCGCGCAUCAUCGCUGGGGAUAGACCCUCCACCACAGGACUGCCCCACUCUGUCUAUAGCCAAUCAGCGGCUGCCGGAGCGCAGGCCAACCGGCGCGGGCGUGGGGGCGGACACCGCGGCCGGGGACGCUUCAACGUUCGCCGAGACGGACCCAUGAAGUUCGAGAAAGACUUUGACUUUGAGAGCGCCAACGCCCAGUUCAACAAGGAGGAGAUCGACAGAGAGUUCCAGAGCAAGCUCAAGCUGAAAGACGAGAAGACGGAGAAGUGUGAGAAAGCGGUGAACGGAGAGGAGAAGGUGGACUCGGCCGUAGAAACCCACAACAGUGAAGGAACCGCUGAGGAGGAGGGAGACCCACUCGGACCCAACUGCUACUACGACAAGUCCAAGUCUUUCUUCGACAACAUCUCCUGCGACGACACUAGGAAAGCCAAUGAGAAGUCUGGAGUCUCUGGUUUCCCGAGGGAGCGGAGGCAGACGUGGGCGGAGGAGCGGAGGAUGAACGCCGAGACGUUCGGCCUCCCUCUCCGUCGAGGCCGCGGUGGUUACCGUGGACGCGGAGGAAUGGGUUUCCGCGGCGGCCGGGGCCGUUCGGCCAGCCGAGGGUCCUUCGGGCCGCCGCAGGGGGGCGGCGGCUUCAGGGGCGGUUACCGGGGAAACCAGGCCGGACGGGAGUUCGCCGACUUAUCGGCAUACAGGAAGGAUAACAAAGUGUCGGCGUAGUCCCGACAGGAAGACGAUUCUACACAAAGGUGGAACUUCUUCACGCUUCAAAACGGGGGAAACGAAUAGUUUGGUUGCUAUUUUGUUGACUUAAAAUAAUGAAGAUUGUCUACUAGUUGUAUAUUUGUCACCAGCACUGGGGGGGGUGGUGGGGGGGUAGGCGGCUCAAACACAACGGUGGAAACAGCAACAACAACAAGGAUGAGGCAGUUUGUCAGAGAAAAACAUUUUAACAAGUCUAAGAACAGAAUAAUUAUGUAUAAAUGUUCCAGUUCUUUGUUUCUCCCCCGGCUCCUUUUCCUAAAACCUGUCUUUGAUAAUAUUUCGGGAGCUUUAUGGUCAGCGGAGAUCGUAACGUCUCAGACGCACCUUUCUAACGUGUAUUUUUCUACGACUUUCUUCCUGUUUCGCAGCAUCACGUUUCUCCCGCAUCUUCGAUCGCUUCAGUGUUCGUUCACCUCAAAUCUGUCUCUGACGCUUUGCAUCUUUACUUUUCUUUUUCGGUCGAUCUUAACAUGUUUUACUUUAAGGGGAACUUUGGGGUUUUUUGCAUCCUGGACCCUAUUUUUCCAUGUUUUUGUGUCUAAGUGACUGAUGGGAACAAAUAUGUAUGGGAACGCCGCAGUCAG